AUGUCUGACCAGCACUCUGCCCCCUUUCGAAAAGUAGCAGGGUCAGACGUGCUUGAAAGCUCCAACCCUACGCCAGGCGGCCUGGACAUCCCAGAAUGUUUACCUGACCCAGGUUGGGAAAGAUCAGAGGGUGGCGGUGGGGUACCAAUUUUCCGGCCUACCAUGGAGCAGUUUGAGGACUUCAAUCGAUUCAUCAUGGAGAUUGACAAGUGGGGUAUGAAAGCUGGCAUUGUGAAAGUCGUUCCUCCCAAGGAAUGGCAUGAGUCUCUACCUGCUUUGGAUGAAGUUGUCAAAGGCAUUAAGAUCAAAAACCCGAUUGUUCAGCACAUCUCUGGCCAUGCUGGCCAUUUCCGCCAACAAAACAUCGAGAAGCAAAAGUCUUACAACAUUGCACAGUGGAAGUACUUGAGUGAGCAGCCUGACUAUCAGCCCCCAGCCAAGAGAGGAGAAUCUCGCAAGGACUUCAAGAAACGCAAGAACAUACCCCAAGACGAUGCCAUUUUUGAGGAUUUCGACUAUAGAUUUGAUGACUCUGAAUUCACCACGGAGAGGAUGGACUUCUUAGAAAAGAUUUACUGGAAAACGAUCGCCUACAAAGAGCCCAUGUACGGUGCCGAUAUGCCUGGGUCACUAUUUGACGACAAGACACGCUCAUGGAAUGUGGCCCAUUUGGACAACUUGUUGAACCAGUUGGAUAUCAAGAUCCCUGGUGUCAAUGAUGCGUACUUGUACUGUGGUCUGUGGAAGUCGACUUUUGCCUGGCACUUGGAGGAUAUCGACCUGUAUUCCAUCAACUACAUCCACUUUGGUGCACCUAAACAGUGGUACUCUGUAAAUCAGGAGGAUGAAGCCAAGUUCUACCAGAUUAUGGCUGACACCUUCCCAGAAGAUCACAAAGCCUGCAAGGAAUUCUUACGCCACAAAACCUUCUUGGUUUCUCCUCAACUGCUGGAGCGCCACGGUCUCACUGUUAACCGCCUGCACCAUUACCAGGGAGAAUUUGUUAUUACAUUUCCUUAUGGCUAUCAUGCCGGCUAUAAUCUUGGAUACAAUUGUGCAGAGUCAGUCAACUUUGCCACACCUCAGUGGGUUCCUAUUGGUAAGCAUGCUCAUAAGUGUCUUUGUAUUUCAGACUCUGUCGGUCUGGACGUUGAGCGGCUGGAAAGGCGCAUGCUCGGUCUACCGUCGGAUUCGGACCACUCUGAGGAUGACGGUCAUCAAUCCGGAGUGUCUAUCGGCACCCCAGAUUCGGAAAUCGAAGACCAUCUUCUGCCAAAACCUCAUUCUCCGUCGAAGCUGAAACCAAAGGCAAGGCCCAAGUCUGCAACUGGAAGAGGUAGAGGCCGACCCAAGAAGUUCCACAAGGUUGAAGAUACGAAGGCGCCUCUUUUACCUGCUUUGCCAGUUGCUGCCAUCGAGCCUGCUCCCAGGUCACUGAAAAGAUCACGUGAUACGGGAUGCGUUCUAUGUCCAAACGAGAUUCCUGAUUUCGAGACUUUACCCCUUGAGUCUUCUCAAGAAAAGAUAGCCCAUCGAGUAUGUGCCAACUUCGUGCCCGAGACUCGUGUACAGAAUGGUCUUGUGUAUGGCUACGAUAAGAUCCCAAAGGGUCGCCUUGAUCUCAGAUGUGGAUACUGCCGUUCCAAGCGUGGUGCCUGUGUUCAGUGCUCUUUCCCAAAGUGUGUUCGAGCUUAUCAUGUGACUUGUGCCGACAUGGCAGGUGUACUCUGCGAGACUACUGUCGACCAAGAAACCCCGACAAAUGUGUCUAUCGACUAUAAAUGUCGUUUUCAUCGGUCCAAGCGGGAGGCGAAAUCCCAAGCCGAACUCGAAAGCUGCCCUGAAAUUUACAAUUACGCUUAUUCGUUGCUUCCAGGGGAGAUAUGUCAGUUUCAAAUCGGAGGCCUUUCGGACCAGAAACGACAUAAGCAUGUACCUCUUUCCCCAUCUCGAUAUGCAGUUGCUGCAGGGUCUGGUACAAGCAAUAUUCUCAAUGGUGUUAUCAGUGCUGGCGUUGUCAAGGUCAACAACAUUAGUGAAGAGUCUGUUGAGGUAGAGCUACUCCCUCAUCGCACAGAGACCUUGGAGGUAUUGUGGUGCUGGCUAUUGCCCACGCCCACACCUUCUUUUGGAAGGGGUCAGUCGAAUGGUGGCACCACUCAGGGGUGUUCCUCGCCUAUAGCACCUCCAUAUUCUCCUAUUUCACCUGCAACGGACAAAUCGCUUCAUCCGGCUAAAUUUUCUGACGAACCAGACUUCCCUUCAGUACUGGACGGCUAUAAGAAUCCGUUAGACACGCGUGUUACUCAGCACAUAGACCACCCAUGGUAUACUGAGUUUUAUGACACACGUAACGACCCCAUUCUGCAGAGGUGCAUCCAUGAAACUUACACCACCAAUUCCCACCAACGUGAUGUGUGCGCUGGUAUUUACGGGAUGUGGAAUGGUGAUAUAUGGUACUAUAUUCCAGAGGUGUCCAGUCAUACUAAUGACUGUUACAACACUGAUAUCAAUGUCAGAGUUGCAGCCGAUGUGGCUUCCUUCAAGAGAAUGAGACGACAGGCGAACCGCAUGAAGAGGAGAAAUCAGCCAUUACCAGCACACCUUCAAUCGCCUCCGCGGCUAGCCCCAGCCCCACCGCAACAGCAAUACUCCCCGCCAUUUGGCUUGCCCGUAUAUUUCCCCACGACCAGUACUAACUAA